CGGGCAAUGCUGAGUGCUGGACAAAAUUGUGGUGCCAAAGCUAGCUCUGCACGUAGCGUAUUUGUAUGCGUGUAGCCAGCCGUCAUGAUGACCAGGCCUUAUCCUAGUUGUAUUUGUCCUUAGACAGACAAUGGCUAUAUGCGUGGACACUGGACACCUCGAGCCUGCCAGCCUGGCGAUGCAAAUCACAAAUUUGACACUUCGUCUCCAGACAACACAUCUUUAGGCUUUAGCUUCAGAGUGCUAGUACGCCCAAGGCGUUGAGGCCAGAUCUGAAGGCUGCUUCAAGUCUGAUCACAUUGCUGUCUUCAUGCCGCCCUCCAUCAAGAAAAUAGGAGCUGCGCUAGCUCCAGGCGAAGAGCAAUGCCCACUCUGCAAAGCUGUGACAAGAUCUGAUCAAGGCCUGCAAAAGCAUCUCAAGCUGACAUGCUGGCGCCAUUACAAGUCUCCCAUCUGGGUGGCUGCUCUCAAGACGACCUAUGCUGCCGAGAGUGCAGACUACCGGGUCAAAGUCGCUCAACAAGCUAUAGCAAAACGUUUUCAAGCGCAAGAUGCCUUUUUGGCUGCUCAAGGCGUUGAAGGCAUUGCAGCGAUGACUGCACGCAAUUUGUCCAGUAUGACUGAGGGUAUGACGCUAGCAGCUCAAGCAGCUAUCAGAAAGCGCAAAGCCAAGGAGAUGGAGGCAGAAGCCAGCUUUACGUUGGAGCAAGAGACUGAUCCAGCCUUGGCCUUGGAACUGCAAAUUGCAUCCUGUAUAUUCUGCAAGCGUGUUUUUUCAACCAAAAACAUUUAUCGCAAUCAUCUGCAUUACGAGGAAGCAAAGCACUUCAAGUCGCGCAUCUUCAUUGAGGAAAUGGCUAAAAUGUACAUGCCGGGCUUCGCUAUUCUCCGUCUACCGACCAACCUUGAGAAGAUUUGGAUCAAGCAGAAGGAGCAAGCGCUCGCGGACAAGCAAAAAGCGUCAGAAUCGGCUUCGCCUGUUGUUGCGACUGCGCCGUGGAUGAAUAUGCUCGAUUGCGUGCUGUCUCAAUCCAUUGUCGCUUGGUACGUUUGGUACCUUGUCAGUGAAGUGCCUCGAUCAAUACGCUCGACCUGCAAGCUCAACAAUAAGCCUCCUCCAUUUGCAAACAUGCUUGUCAAGAUUGAAGAAGCCAUACAGAAUACAAGCGAAGCGGGCUGUAUUCCAGGAGAGGAUCUCAAGCUUAUGCGAGACUUGUGGAAGUCAGACCCUCGCUUCAAAUCAGCCUUCAAGCGCAUGUCAGCAGCACUCAAGCUGCAAAUGGCAGGCGCGUCCGAUGCCCUCAAGGAAUGCAUUCAGAAGGACAUCAAAGUAUAUCGUGGAGUCUUGCUCGCCUGGCUGCGAGGAUUGCAAGCGUCAUGGCAGCAUUUCGCAUCAAUGGUUACCACGCAUGUUGAACAUCAGUCAUGGUACAAGGAUCGAGCAGUGACGACCCCUCAGCGUGUUGCUGAGCUUCGAAAACACUGGGCCUUUUGGCAGCCUUUAUUUUUGGACAUGGACUUGACGAUGGAUCGAGAGGAAGAACGCUUCAAGCGUGCUAAAGCACUUGAAGUUACGUAUCGCUCCAAGCGUAGUACAUCUUGAAGUCAUCACGCUGCCAGGCUUCCUUAGCAUGGGUCUAAUAGAGCUCUAAGUAGAAUGCCUCCUAAAUAGACGGUCGUAGACUAGACCGUUGCUCAAGUCCAUCUCGAC